CACUCGAUUAUGCAAAUAAUCUGCUUUCUGGAAAUAGAAAGUCUAAGGAUGUUAUGGCAUUACAAAUCUCUCGCGCAAUGACAUAUUUACAUGAAAAUGGCAUCAUUCAUCGCGACUUGAAGCCCAAUAAUAUUUUUCUAUCAGAAAGCAAGAAGAGUGUGAAGCUUGGGGACUUUGGGCUGUGUAGGGAGGGUCUGGAAGGUGAUUUUUCUGCUGAUGUUGGAAGCUUUCCCUGGAUGGCUCCUGAGAUUUUAGCAAAGAAAGGAGUUGUGAUUCUACCAGACAUCUAUGCAAACUCAGGUGGAUUUACUGUCAGCUAUUUUGAGUGGGUUCAGAACAUACAUUCAAGGGUUUAUGUGGGAUGAGGAGAAAGUGAAUGCAGAACUUCAUAAAUAUGACCAGG